AUGCAGUGCCAAAUCGACGAUUUACCUGAUGAGAUCUUGGAGUAUAUUUUGAGCCUUAUACCACCAUACAAAGAUCUGCAGAAAUGCUUGCUUGUUUCAAAAAGAUGGUUCCGAGCAACAAAAAAUGUUAUAGAACAUAAUGAAGCUCAUUUUCAAAAAGCUGUAGCUUUUGGAUCUUUAUUUUGGAAUACCUGGCCCUGCGUAUCUUGGAUACACACUAUUGGCAAGAGACAUUCUCAUUCAGCUUGCAUAUAUGAAAAUUCCAUGUAUGUGUUUGGAGGAUGCACUGUCACAUGCACUACAUUCAAUGAUCUAUGGAAGUUAGAUUUAGAUACAAGGCAUUGGGACAGGCCAAUUACAAUGGGCAGUUAUCCAUCUCCAAAAGCCUGUGCUACCAUGCUAUACUAUAAAAAAAGUUUUGUUCUCUUUGGUGGUUGGACUCAUCCUUCUCCAUAUCCACUACAUCAGCAAUUGAAACAAUUUAACGAAUUACACAUAUAUUCGAUAGAGUCUAACAGAUGGAUAGCGAUUAAUGUAUUAGAAGGCCCACCACCAACAUCUGCCCAUUCAGCCACUAUACAUGGAAAUUUAAUGGUCGUGUUUGGUGGUGUUGCCAAUGGAUACAGUUCCAAUGACGUUUGGUGUUUAAAUUUGGACACAUACUGCUGGCAUAAACAGGUCACAUCGAAUUUAAAACCACAACCAAGAUAUGGACAGUCCCAAAUUGAACUUGGUGAUAAACAUCUCCUUGUGUUGGGAGGAUGCACUGGUCCAAAUGUGGCAAUGAAUGAUGCAUGGCUAUUAACAAUGGAUGGCCCAACUUGGACCUGGAAAAGAGUGAAUAUGCAACAUACUGAAUGGGCUCCAACGCGGAUUUGGUGCCAUCAAGCUUGCAAGGUUGGAAACUAUGUGAUUGUUUUGAGCAAGAAUAAACAACAAGCUCAAACUAGUGACAUGAGUAUAUCACUAGGUAAGGUCGCAUGUCCACGACCUCAACCACCACAACCGACGUAUCCAAUACCUCCAUAUGAAAGACAAAGAAAUCCCCCGCGAAUAGACCGUGAUGAAAACGUGAAUGGAAGACAUGGUUCAUUUCCAAGAUCAGCUGCCACUCGCAAUGCACAUUUGCCCUCAUCCUCAGGAUCCUCAUUGUCAAAGGCCUUUGCCUUUUCACCUUUCCACAGUGAAAAUUCUUUGAGCAUGGCAGCCUUUCGUGAAGAAACUCCCCGUACUGGUAGUAAUGCCAAUAGACAACGUCAAUUGGAAUCUCUUCGACGAAUGGAGGAGAGGAUUCAGAAUCGUAAAAGUCAAUCAAAAAUCGUCAAGAAAACAGAGAACACACUGGCAAUAUUUAUUUUAGACGUGACGAAUGUUAUUUGCGAAGAAUCUUCUGCUUCCUGGAUUCCAUUGAAGCAAAACGAUCUAGCAGGACCGGAUGAGCGCAUCCUUUAUUCUCUCGUUUUAGGUAGAGGAGAACUAAUAGUAUUUGGUGGAAUUGGCAAAGAACAAGCUACGGUGCAAGGACUUACCGAUACCGACGACUUAGAAGUUUAUAACGAUCUCCACUUCAUAAACCCACCGCGAUACAUAAUCUAAAAUGGGAUACUUUAAAUUGUUAUUUCUCUGACUUAGGGAUUGCAAAUAUAAUUCAGCAGUGAUGCGUCAUAAUUUGAGGGACUUUUGAUGAAAAAAGACUCGACUAUACGACAGAUGAAAUAAUCGGCCCAAUAUUGGACCCCUGUACUAGUACUAAGAGCCACAACGUGUGCGAGAGAUGGAAAUAUAGUUUUCUAUGGGUGUUCGGAAAGCGGUACGGGAGUCUGGUGCUGGGACGUUUACCUCGUCGUCAAUUUAAAAUAAACACGUUUCAUUAUUAAAAA